UCUAAUUCUAAUGCCGUACGGCUGCUGUAUGCCUAAACUUCGGCUUCUAAUCAGUUUUGUGUAUAAAAUGAGUUAUUGUCAUACACAUUCGGUUCAUAACCAUGAGAUUUACCCAAGUUUUUACCUCACCUUAGAAAAUUUUACGUUUUUCUGAGAAAACACAGCUGAAAGAAAGGAUACCUAGGAUUAAUGAAACUGCGUUUUGAAUUAGGCGUAUCGUAACGUUAACACACGGCUACGAGUUUUAAAAAAACUUAACCACAAGCCUUUGCGUUUUUCAAGAUGGCUGCACCCAUGACGGUACAUCAUGUACAUGUACAUGCAUUGUGAUUUAGCCAGAAUUAAACCCAUUCAAGUGACGAAAACAUAUCUUUGGCCUAAUGGAUCAACUGGAAGAAGCCUUCGCAGGAUCGUUAUGUGUUGGGAUGCGUGUAAACGAUACUGCCACACCACACCCAAGAUUGUCGCAGUUUAAGCAAAGAGGCGACAAGAGCAGCCAAGACGACCGGCGACGUAUUAAAUUGGAAUCCCAAAAAAGAGACCGGUUAGACUAUGUCAACAAAGCCCGCUGCUUGGCAGAAGAGAAUUGGAGCAAUUAUGAGGAGCAAGAUGAAGAUGAAGAAGACAUGGACAGUGGCAGCUCAGUCUUGCGCAAGAAGAGAAAACCACGAUAUUACAGAAAUCAGCUGAUGUUAUCUGAGUGGUUAGUGGAUGUUCCAACCAGUCUAGCCUCAGAUUGGCUAAUGGUGCUUUGUCCAGAAGGAAAAAGAAAUCUGAUUGUUGCUGCAAAGGGUAAGACUUCAAGCUACAGUAAGAGUGGGUACCGACUGUCAGUGUUUCCAUCCAUGCUGCCUGGAGGUUGUAGAAAACACAAACAUAACAACACAGACUAUAGCCUCCUAGACUGCAUCUUCCAAGAAGCCACUCGGACGUUCUAUGUCCUGGACAUCAUGUGUUGGAGAGGACAUCCUGUGUACGACAGUGACACGGAAUUCCGGUUCUACUGGCUCCAGACCAAACUUGCAGAGGUUCCAGAACUUGCUGUGCAAACAAGCACCAACCCGUACAGAUUUUUGGCCUUGCCAAGCUACCCUUGUAACCAAAGUGCAAUAAAGGAUGCCAUGGCGAAACCAGCACCAUUUGAAGCUGAGCUAGAUGGUCUGCUGUUCUACCACAAGGAGGCUCAUUACUCACCAGGAAGCACCCCGCUAGUCGGAUGGUUAAAACCCUGGAUGCUUCCUGAUAUGCUUGGUGUACCGGUUCCCGAGUCUGUGAUGGCCUCCAGACCCCAUGGUGCAGAUCUGAAACCCCCUGCCCCGUCAAUGGAGACGGUCGUGAGCGCGAAUGUAGAUGCCGAGGCGGGAGACAGCAAAUCUGUCGCUGAGGGUGGAAAUCAGAUGACAGAGACAUGAGGGGGACUGAGAUUCCCUGUGAUCUUGGAUUUUGCUCGAAUAAUGAUAUGAUGACCGUGGUCGAAAAGUGUGUUUCACUGAAAAGUGUGGAAAGAUCAGGAGUGGCCUCUCGGAGCUGGUUUAGAGACAAACUGGGUUCUGAGCUGGAGGUCGAAUGCGCUGCUCUAGUUUCAAACGAAACUGACCGUCUAUGAACAUGUAUAUACAUGUAUAAAAAACAGGAAAAGUUUUGUUUAUAAUGUUGAAAAAAAGUGACAUGUGCCCUGCUCAGUGUCACUUGGGAUGUAAAUCCCGUGAUUCUGAGAGAAAUGUCCAUCCGGAGGAUGGGCCUUACGUUCAUUAUCCAGGUUUGGCCGUUUAAAAACAAAUCAUUCUUUUCAACAGACGAAUGUGUUACCUAGUACCGAAACCAUACAAAUAUUAACAUGCACUGUUUUAACUUAAUUGUUCAGGUUAAUGUACAUCGUGGGCCGUGUCCAACAACACCCUAAGCGCCCCCUCACCUUAUUGUGUUUGAUCCCCCUCCCCUCUUCGCCAGCAUGGACAUUUGGCAGUGUUGCCACUUCGUUGGACAAAACGUUUUCAUGUUACAUGACAAUAAUGACCAAGGGUCAUCCAAAAGGUGAUUUUUUCCCCAUGCGCUUGUGGAUGUGUCAUGCAAACUUACAAUAUAUGUACUUUUUUUCUGUCAAGUAAAAUGUUUUCCUUCUCAUUAUGAAUGUCAUAUCUGAUCUUGGCCAGGGUAGACCCCCCCGUCCCCACCCCAUUAGGAAUAUUUUGUUCCUAUAGUUUUCCAAUAGUUAAGACUCAAAAUCCGCUUCUUGUUUUGAUCCAGUGAUGGGUAUGGGCUCUAGAGCCGGUGCCAAAGCAACGCAAAAUAAACUAGUAGAAUUUCAUUAAACAUCAAUUACCAUUUAAAUUAAUACUGCAAUAAGCUUGUCUUUGGUUUUAAAUUGAAGAUAAUUAAAUUGUCUAGUUAAAGAUACCACUUUUAAUGGAGUUUGCACAUGUCGUUGCCAUGGCAACAGUUUUGGUUCAUUUUUAUUCUGAGAAAAGAGAUGGCACAGAAUAUAGGAAAAUGUUAUUAAACCAAGCAUGUGUGUGUACACUUGUACAGAAUAAAACCACACAUUAACACUUAUUCUUUAUUCUCCCGUACCCCCAUUUAUUUUUGAAGUGCAUGAGGAACCUAUUUUGGUUUGCAAUAACUCCAGGCUGUUAUACCAUGGUGAUACUUUAUGAAAAUAAAACAUCACUGUCAAUGCAAUGAAA